GACCCGAGACCCGCCUCCCCAGGACCCGAGACCCGCCUCCCCAGGACCGAGACCCGACCCCGCCUCCCCAGGAACGAGACCCGCCUCCCCAGGACCGAGACCCGCCUCCCCAGGACCGAGACCCGCCUCCCCAGGACCGAGACCCGCCUCCCCAGGACCUAGACCCGCCUCCCCAGGACCUAGACCCACCUCCCCAGGACCGAGACCCACCUCCCCAGGACCUAGACCCGCCUCCCCAGGACCUAGACCCGCCUCCCCAGGACCUAGACCCGCCUCCCCAGGACCUAGACCCACCUCCCCAGGACCUAGACCCACCUCCCCAGGACCUAGACCCACCUCCCCAGGACCUAGACCCACCUCCCCAGGACCUAGACCCACCUCCCCAGACCUAG